AUGGGCGGCCCACCAAACCUCUACUCCUUCCAAGACGUCGACAAAGACCUCGCGCCCAACCUGCGCAAAUACGUCCUCGAGCAGCAAAACGAAGCCCUCGCUCGCCACGGCGUCUUCCGCGUCGCCGUCUCCGGCGGCUCCCUCCCCAAAACCCUCGCCAAAGCCCUCCUCGCGCCCUCCAACGGCAGCAAAGACGACACGCCGGAAUUCAGCAAAUGGGAGGUCUUUUACGCCGACGAGCGCUGCGUGCCGCUCGACCACGAGGACUCGAACCACAACCUGGUGAAGCAGGACCUGCUUGAUAGGAUCCCGCAGGAACUCGGCCAGCCGAAGGUCUACCCGAUCGAUGAGCAGUACCUCGACGACCCGAAGGAAUGCGCGGAUCAGUACGAGAAGACGCUGGUGUCCAUCUUCGCCGCGCGCGACUCGGUCAAACUCCCGCUCUUUGAUCUGCUCUUGCUCGGCUGCGGGCCUGACGGACAUACCUGCUCGCUCUUCCCGGAUCACCCGUUGCUGAGAGAACAAGACGCCUGGGUGCUCUCCAUCAGCGACUCGCCCAAGCCGCCGCCGAAGCGCAUCACGCUCAGUCUGCCGGUCGUGCUGCACGCGGCGAAGAUCGGAUUCGUCGCGACGGGAGGUGGGAAGAAGGAUAUCUUGAAGAAGAUUUUUGAGACGGAGCAGGGAGGGAAUCUUCCUAGUGGGUUGGUCAACCGUGGGGCCGGGGAGAAAGUCAGCUGGUUCUGUGACGCUUCAGCAACAGAAGGUGUCAACUUCCCACGCAGGGGAAGUGUGAUGUGA